AUGCUCAGUAUCUUCAUGGUCGGGGCCCUGCUGCCCGUAGGGGUUACCCUGGCAUCCCCUCUGGUCACUCCGGUAGGACCGAUGGACUUAUUCAAGAGGAUCAGCUCAGGCUGCUCGACAAGCGGGUCCGCAUCUUGUCACAACACUACGGUGCAGAAGGACCUCUGUUGCUUUGAAGCUCCUGGAGGACUGUUGCUGCAGACGCAGUUUUGGGACACGGAUCCUUCUACCGGUCCGAGUGACAGCUGGACAAUCCAUGGACUUUGGCCGGACAACUGCGAUGGCACGUAUGAGGAGAAUUGCGACCCAUCCCGUGAUUACACAGACAUCGCAAGCCUCCUGGAGGACCAAGGCGCCAGUGACACGUUGUCGUACAUGCAACAGUACUGGGUUGACAUCAACGGCAAGAAUGAACAAUUCUGGGAGCACGAGUGGAGCACACACGGUACCUGCUACAGUACCUUGGAGCCGAGCUGCUUGCCGAGCGGUAGUCCCAAGGGAGCUGAAGCGGUCGCUUUCUUUGAAACGGUUGUAAAAUUGUUCAAGACUCUGCCGACAUACGACUGGUUAAAGAGUGGAGGGAUAACGCCAUCUAGCAGCAAGACAUAUAGUCUGUCAACCCUUACUUCGGCCUUGGAAUCCGCUGCCGGCGUGAAACCUGCGUUGAGCUGCGACGGAAGCAGCUUGAAUUCCAUCAGCUGGUACUUUAAUCUCAAGGGAUCCCUCAUUGACGGCAAUUUCGUGGCCAUCGAUGCUCCCGAGGACGGGUCUUGUCCAUCCAGCGGUAUCAAGUAUCCUCCGAAGUCGGGCUCUGGCAGCGGUGGCGGAACGACCACGGUAAUCAGACAACUGACCUACACUAUAAAGGGGCCUGGUCCCACCUCGGGCGGUCUACCGUCCAAAGCACACAUAACAGCAUCCACCGGCGGUCUAUUAUCUGCAGGCACAUGGUCGACGCAGACGCUCGCUACGUACACGCUAUCGGGCUCCACCUCCGGUUUUACGAUGUCGACGUCCAAAGGCAAAUGCGCUGUCUCGGGCGGCACGCUCACCUGCGGUAGUAGUGUCUCCUUUGCCUCGACGUUCUCAGCGGUCUCAUCUGGUGGGAAUUUGCUUUUGGCGUAUGGCGGUUCCACGGCGUGGACGGCGGACGCGACGCCUAGUGGAACAACCCAAGAAACCGUCUACACCGGCAGCAGUCAUUCAGAGGACAUCACCUUAUCCAUUGUGUCGACGUAG